UUGAAGAAACAAAUUUGUAUCCCUUUAAAUGGUUACAAAAAAAAAGUAACAGUCUACAGAAAGCUGGAAAAAACCAAGUGUUUGAAUGGAAAAAAACCAGUAAUUAAGAUUCCAUCAAAAUCCACAGUGAAUUUAUGCGUUAGUCAGUCGUCAGGAGAAAAAGUUAAGAAGAUAGCUAAUGAAGCAAAGGUAGAUAAUCGUACAGUAGAAGGAAAUAAAAUUGAAGAGCAGGAAAUGAACAAAAACGAAGCAGUUUUAAUGGACAAUGUCGUUGAAGAGAAUGUAUUUAGGAUAGUUAAAACAAGCAAAAAGGGGAAUAGUAAAAUAGACAUAGUUUCAAUAGAUGAUAGUAAGAAAAUAAUGUUCAACAAUAGAAAAGAAUUGUUUUAUAAAAUCACUAAAGAAAACCUCACAAAAUUUAAUAUUCCGCCAACCCCUACGAUUUUAAAAAGUUUGGAACAGUUUUUUACCCAAAAGCUUUCAAAAUUGGACUUUUUGAACGAACAGAUGAUUGAAAUAUAUUCAAGAGUAUUUUUAUACAGAAUAGGAUCAAAAUUCAUUGGAGUCAAAUUGGCAAAAACAACAUUGUUUUCAGGUCCAUUUAAAAAAGAGCUAUUUAGACGAGCACUUGACGAAGUUAAUGACUGGACAAUGCAAGAGGAAAUCAAUCAUAAUGAAGAUGAAUCAAUAUGUAAUCUUUACAAAAUAGCUAAUUAA